AUGUCUGCUGAAUCCCCAAAGAACGUCAUCUUGUUGCCACAAACUAACCAGCUCUUAUCUCUUUACACAAUCAUCAGAAAUAAGGAGACCCAAAGAUCUGACUUUGUCUUCUACUCCGAUCGUAUCAUCCGUUUACUCGUUGAAGAAGGGCUUAAUCAGCUUCCAGUCGAACCAAAAACCGUUUCUACUCCGACCGGUGAAGUGUUUGAAGGGGUCAAGUUCUUGGGUAAGAUCUGUGGUGUCAGUAUUAUCCGUGCUGGUGAAUCGAUGGAACAAGGUCUCAGGGAUUGUUGCCGUAGUGUGAGAUUGGGAAAGAUUUUGAUUCAAAGAGAUGAGGAAACCGCAUUACCUAAAUUGUAUUACGAGAAAUUGCCAGAAGAUAUUGCUUCUCGUUAUGUUUUCCUUUUGGACCCAAUGUUGGCCACUGGUGGGUCAGCAAUUAUGGCUACAGAAGUCUUACUUUCCAGAGGGGUGAAGCCAGAAAGAAUCUUUUUCCUCAAUUUGAUCAGUAACCCAGAAGGGAUCAGUAAUUACCAUAAAAAGUUCCCAGAUAUCAAAAUCGUCACUGGUGCCGUUGAUAGAGGUUUGAAUGAGAGUAAACACAUUGUCACUGGGCUUGGGGAUUUUGGUGAUAGAUAUUAUUGUAUCUAA